AGCUGCAGCGAACGUGCAGAAGGCGGAGCUUGAGGAUACAGCUAGCUGUCUGUUCAGCUUGUAGCGCGAGGAGGGAAAUUAUAUUUAAUUUUCUCUGCUUGUUCAUUUACAGAUACAGAUCCGCCAUGAGCGACAACGAGAAGGAGUUUGUGGUGAAAGAGUCCCGCUCUCGGAGUGUGAGUCCCAGAGGCUCUGUGAAGUCGACCAGCAACUCGCCAGGAAGAUCUAAGGAUGGCUCCCACCGCUCCCGCUCCAGAUCCAAGUCUCGCUCCAGGUCCAGGUCGAAGUCCAGAUCCAGGUCCCGUUCCCACAGGAGCUCUCGCCGUCGUCACUCACGCUCACGCUCUCGCCGACGCCACUCGCGCAGCCGCUCGUACAGUCGCGAGUACCGACGCAGCCGCAGCCACUCACCCAUGUCCAAUCGCAGACGGCAUGUCGGCAACCGGGCGAACCCUGACCCCAACUGUUGCCUGGGUGUGUUCGGCCUGAGCCUGUACACCACCGAGCGCGACCUCCGAGAAGUGUUCUCCAAAUACGGCCCCCUGUCCAACGUCAGCAUCGUGUACGACCAGCAGUCUCGCCGCUCACGUGGUUUCGCCUUCGUCUACUUCGAGAACAAAGAGGACUCCAAGGAGGCUAAAGAGCAAGCCAACGGCAUGGAGCUGGAUGGCCGGCGUAUCCGAGUGGACUUUUCCAUCACCAAGAGACCACACACCCCCACACCUGGGAUUUACAUGGGACGGCCAACCUAUGGGGGUGGUGGUGGCGGCGGCGGCGGAGGAAGACCCAGCACGUCCUCCAGUCGCUCCAGAGACUGCUACGAUCGGGGAUACGACCGAGGAUACGACCGAGGAUACGACCGCUACGACGAUCGGGAAUACUACAAAUCCUACAGGCGCAGGUCUCCUUCGCCCUACUACGGCCGUGGAGGAUACAGAUCCCGGUCCCGCUCACGGUCCUACUCGCCACGGCGCUACUGAGGAAGCCAGAGUUACUGAGUCUAAUCGAUGGAGGGGAUUCUGUGCUCAUGGAUGAGGAAUAAUGGAAGGAUAGGAGUUUUAAGUUUUGGUGGGGUUUUUGUUUUUUUGUAUUUUAAAUGCCAUGCAUGUUUGAUUUAAUAGUCUUUGUUGAUGAUGAGCUGUGCAUCUUCUACUUGUGUUAGAUUGGCUACAAGCCUCAUUUGAUGUUUAGCUAUGUUGUAAUACACCAGUGUGUCCCAGUCAAAAUCAUCAUAAAAUCCAACCAGCUGGGAAAUCAGAUGUAAAUGCAUAUGUUGUCAAUAUCCAAGAAAUAAACAGUAUUUUACAA